CAAUUCCCAGAGCGCUUUGGCGUAGGGCAGUACCGGAAGCGGCUGGCGGAGCCCCACAGGAGGCAAUUCGGAGGGUCUUGGUGCAAAAGUCCCGGCUUAGGAAUCGCAGGCAUGCUGCGUCCCAAGGCUCUGACCCAGGUGCUGAGCCAAGCCAACACUGGAGGUGUCCAGAGCACCUUGCUGCUGAAUAACGAGGGAUCUCUGCUGGCCUACUCUGGCUACGGGGAUACCGACGCGCGGGUCACCGCAGCCAUCGCCAGCAACAUCUGGGCCGCUUACGACCGCAACGGGAACCAAGCGUUUAAUGAAGACAAUCUCAAAUUCAUCCUCAUGGACUGCAUGGAGGGCCGCGUAGCCAUCACCCGAGUGGCCAACCUUCUGCUGUGUAUGUAUGCCAAGGAGACUGUUGGCUUCGGAAUGCUCAAGGCGAAGGCCCAGGCCUUGGUGCAGUACCUGGAGGAGCCCCUCACCCAAGUAGCGGCAUCGUAAUGGGCACUGACGGAAGUAGGGGCCAGGCGAGAGAAAUGACUCUGUGGAGGCCCCCAGGGGACCCGUCCUGGACUGUGGGGGGAGGGUGGGACUUUGUUUUUCCCAAGAAUAAAUUUCACUCCUGUCAUGUGUAUUUUUUU